AUGUGUUUCUGUUUGCGGGUUUUGUGUGUCUCCUUGCUUUUUGCUGCUGCAGCAGAUUUUGUGCCGGACCCAUUUGCUGCGCCUGAACUGUCUGUACACCCCGUGCUGCUUCCUGAGCUGCUGCUGCCGGCUUCCGCCCGCUGGCGGCAGCGCAGCAGCAGCAGCGCAGCAGCAGCAGCAGCAGCAGCAGCAGCUGCUGCUGCUGCUGCUGCUUUCUCCCCGCUCAGCCAACUCUUUUCGGGCCCAGGGUUUGCUGCUGCUGCUGCUGCUGCUGCUGCUGAGGGCCCCCAGGCUGCCAGCAGCAGCAGGGGGGCCCCCACCCCACAGUGGGGGGCCCCCCAGGGGCCCCACAGGGUUUACCGAGAUGAUUAUGAGCCCCCGAAGUUUGAAAUAGAUUCUGUGGAUUUGACUUUUGAAUUGGAUGAGGACGAGACCAAGGUGACCUCUUUGCUGCAGCUGCGGCGCACUGCAGCAGCAGCAACGCCGCUGCUGCUGGACGGCGAGCAGCUGCAGCUUGCUGCAGUGUGGCUGAACGGAGAACUUCUUGAAAGAGAAGCAGCAGACCCCAGCAGCAGCAGCAGCAGCAGCAGCAGCAGCAGCAGCAGCAGCGGCAGCAGCGGGGAGGGGGCAGCAGCAGCAGGAGCAGUAGGAGCAGCAGGAGCAGCAGCAGCAGGAGCAGCAGCAGGAGCAGGAGCAGCAGCAGCAGCAGCAGCAGCAGCAACAGCAGCAGGAGCAGCAGCAGCAGCAGCAAAAAAGACGUACCGGCUGCUGCCGGACGGGCGUUUGCUGCUGCAGCCGGAGCUGCUGCCUGCAGCAGCGGGGGAGGCGUUCUUGCUGCGGACUGAGGUAUGCAUUUCGGAGAAUUACUUUUUAUUUGGACAGACCUGA